AAAAAUCCAUUUAAUGAUUAUCAUCCCCCGCCCCCUUCUCUUUACAUCUGAUUCUGUCGUUUCUAACAGAGCACUGUCAUGCCUGCUCACUUCUUUCUCUCUGUCUGUUCAUACAACCUUCGGAACAUGUUUCACUGUCCACAGAUCUUAUUACAAUCUUAAAUUUGUUGUUUUCAUACUUAUCAGAGCAUUCACAAUAUAAAUAACAUAUUCUCCUCUUCUUUCUCUCCUCAUUCUAUUUCUCCCACAACAAGCAAAUUCCAAAAAUUAAGCCACUUUUGUUUUGUCGGAAAAUGCCAUCGGAUUCCGGAGAUCCAAACAGGCGGUUAACCAAGGCCCUUAACUCUGGAGCCCCACCACCACCAGGACAAGAACAGCUGCCUUGUCCACGCUGUGAUUCCACCAACACUAAGUUUUGCUAUUACAAUAACUAUAACUUCUCUCAGCCUCGCCAUUUCUGUAAGUCAUGUCGCCGUUACUGGACUCUUGGUGGCACCCUAAGGGACAUCCCUGUUGGUGGUGGCACCAGAAAAAACGCUAAACGUUCACGCACCACCCAUUCCACCUUCAUUUCUUCUUCCACCAAUGCCGGCGCCACCACCACUGCCACCACCACUAGCUAUAAUGACUUCCAAUUGCCUGCCACUCAAGUUUUACUGCCAGUCUCAGGCAACCAGGGAAGUUCGGGUGUUGUUGGAGAGUCCAAGGGCAAUGGUUUUGCUUCAUUGUUGAACCCUCAGGGACCUGGUUUUCUGGCCCUUAGUGGGUUUGGGCUUGGUAUUGUUCCAGCACUUGAAGAUGUUGGGUUUGGGCUUGGAAGAGGGAUGUGGCCUUUUUCAAUGGGAGAUGGAGCAGUUGGUGGUGGCGGCAAUGGUGGGGCUGCAACAGGAAUGGGGAACCCAUGGCAGUUUGAAGGAGCAGAAGCUGGGCCUGUUGGUGCUGGGGAUUGCUUUUCUUGGCCUGAACUUGCUAUUUCAACCCCUGGAAAUUGGCUCAAGUGAAUCUCAUCUUUAGGUUCAUUAUCUUUUUCAUGUACCUUUCAAGGUGACUUGACGUAGUGAGUGUCUCUGAGUAAAUUAUUAGGUUUAUGAAUGUAUAAACAAAACUACAAUCUUUUUUUGUUGUUAUUGUUGUCGUCGUUGUGUUCUUUGGUACUCAAUGCUAUUUGGUUUAGUUUGGUUUGUCCUA